GCCGGGGCGGGGCUGAGGACCGGACAGUCAAGGAAGUGCCCGCGAGUGUGUGUCACUCCUAGUCCUGACACUUUGUUGAUUUCUAGGAGCUCUGACUGCUUCACCUGGCCGGGAGAGGACUUCUCUUACUCACCUGUUCUCCAAGUGUGGCCCCGGGCAGGGGCUGCCUCCCUUCCUCCUCUCCUCGCUUCCCCGGGGCUUUGGGGUCCCCAGGAACGGCACCAUGAGCAAGUUGGGCAAGUUAUUCAAAGGGGGAAACUCCUCCAAAAGCAAGGCCGCUCCCAGCGCUCAGGAGGCCCUGGCCCGGCUCCGGGAGACAGAGGAGAUGCUGGGUAAGAAGCAAGAGUACUUGGAAACCAGGAUCCAGAGGGAGCUCGCCCUGGCCAAGAAGCACGGGACGCACAAUAAGCGAGCUGCAUUACAGGCACUAAAAAGAAAGAAGAGGUUUGAGAAACAGUUAACUCAAAUUGAUGGCACACUUUCCACCAUUGAGUUCCAGAGAGAAGCCCUGGAAAAUUCCCAUACCAACACAGAAGUGUUAAGGAACAUGGGCUAUGCUACCAAGGCUAUGAAAGCAGUUCAUGAAAAUAUGGACAUUAACAAAAUAGAUGAUCUGAUGCAAGAGAUCACAGAACAGCAAGAUAUCGCCCAGGAAAUCUCAGAAGCAUUUUCUCAGCGAGUUGGAUUUGGUGAUGACUUUGAUGAGGAUGAGUUGAUGGCGGAACUUGAAGAAUUGGAGCAGGAAGAAUUAAAUAAGAAGAUGACAAACAUCCGACUUCCAAGUGUACCCUCUACCUCACUGCCAGCCCAUCCUGGUAGGCAGCCAAGUUUACCAUCUUCUUCACGGCCCUCCCGAGCAGCAUCUUCCAGGAGGAAAGAAGAUGAAGAUGACAUAAAACAGCUGGCAGCUUGGGCUUCUUAAGGCCAAAUUACAAUUGUUAUAGGCCUAAAACAAUGGGACACUUGUAAAGUGUUUUGACUGAAGUUCAUUGAUAUGAAAAUCUUACUGAAGCUUGCCUUUCAUUGUUUUAGGCCAUCCUUAAUUAGAAUUCUGUUCUUGAAUCUCUGACAUGCAGGAAUCCACACACUUCAAUUUAGGAAUGGAAAAGUUAUGUCAUUUCACAGUUUGCAAGUGACUAAAGAGAAAUGUGAUAAACUUCUGAGCUGUGUGACCCUGGGCAAGUCACUUAACCCCAGCUCUUCUGCCUUAUAAUUGUUACUUAGUAUUGAUUCCAAGACAAGAAGGUACGGGUUAAAAAAAAUACUAAUGUGGUAAGGGUUACUAUAUAAAUUCUUAUAUUUCCUACUGUUCUGUUUGUGUAUGUACAUUGGCAUAUAUGUGUGCAACUGUCAACCCACACAUAUGUGUGUAUUUGAAGUAUCUGCUAAAGAGGCUUGGAGCAUGCUAAUCAUUAAAUGCAUUUGUAUGUACGUUCUAGAUGUAAUUCCAACAUAGUCUGUACAAACACUAGUUAUGCUUGAGUUUUUCAGUUUAGAAACUUAAAAGAUUCUUUAAAUUGACUUUUAAUAUGCCAUUUAGGUUUGAAAUUAGGCAACAUAAAUUUACAAUGGCCAUCAUCAUUAAUAGUGAAUAUUACUUGACCACAUUCUCAUGGAUGUGAUUUAGGUACUUGGGCAGCUACAUUAAUGUUUGUAGUCCUUUUUGGCACUAUUAAUGUUCUUGUACUCAGGUUAGUGAUUUUCAUUCUUAUUUGGUUCUUAUUUGUAAAUUUGUUUCAGGUUUAUAGAAUAGUUGUUGUAAAUAUAUAAAAAAGAAAGCUGAUAGAAAUAAAAAUGUCUUAUAAAAAGAA